UCAGUGUGAUAAUUACUCAUACACCUUUCGCUGCAGUUUGAUCUUCAGUGGCUGACAUAAUGACUCACACGUGCCCUUUUCACCAGUCAGCUGAGAUGAACCCAGCGCUAAUGCCGUUGGACUGGCUUCUUGGGGUCUGGGAGUUAGACGAGCCAGGAGAAGGCUCCUUUCCCUCCAUACCCCCUUUCCGCUACAACGAAACUCUGCACUUCUCCCAUGUCGGCCAACCAGUCAUCUACUUCAUGUUUAAUGCAUUCAACGCAGAAAAUAAGAAACCGUUGCACAGGGAGUGUGGCUUCAUCAGGAUGCAGCCAGGCACCAACAGAGUAGCCUUCAUUAUUGCACAGAACUCUGGGCUGGUGGAGGUGGAGGAAGGAUUACUUACUGGACAGCAGUUGACUCUACACACCCAUGCCCUGGCCAGGACCUCGUUUGCUAAAGAACCCCAUGUACAGCAGAUUUCCAGAGUCUUCCAGCUGAGACCGGACGGUAAGCUGGAGCAGACAGUCUCCAUGGCCAUGGAGGGCGGGCCACUGAUUCAGCACCUGUACAUCACCUACUGUAGCUCUGCUCGACCACAAGGAGGCACUAUAUGAUCUUAGGUUUUGGUUGCACUAGAUGGGAAACACAAGUUGGGGCAGAAAAUUUAAUAGUGAAACUAGAUAUUGUCGGGCUGUGAAUUUUCAGGAGAUUCAGUGAAGUUGCCGGACUUCCAACUUCGUUGGCUGAUCCCUCCUGAUAACCUGGUUGAUCUUGAUCAUAAUGGGAGCACACCGUGGCUCAUUGUCUCAGUAAAUUGAAUGAGGAAACCAGUGGUCUCUUCCAAACAGGCCUUUAACUGGGUUAUGUAGAUGAAGAACAAAGACACGCAGUCUUGAGUUCCUGAAGUUGCUGAGCCUCUUUGACCUGUUGCGGUCAGUCCCCUUUAAUUGGGAACUAGGAAAUGCCGGGAGUCAUUUUGGUUGCACUGUUGAUUAACGUUUGACUACUGUUGGACUAUUCCAUGUGAUUCCUAGUUAUGUCAGUGCACUAUUAAAGAGCUUUUGUUAAUGACA